ACACACACACACACACACACAAUAUAUUAAACAGGUGAGAUUACCCAGUAUUUCUAUACCUUUAUUUUUCCCAAUCCUAGAUGAUACAGUAAUACACAUUACUAAAGAUCUUACUUUAAUAAUGUGUUAUUCAGUGCAUGUUCAGUGGUGGAAGAGACCCUCUGGAGUUGCUGCAGUGUGUCUGGGGCUGCUGUGUGUUCUAAUAAUCUUUGACAGUCAGUCUUUGUUGUCAAGUUACAUAUAAACACAACAUCAAAUGCUCAUGUUUGACUGUUACAUAUGAUAUUUAAUUUAUGUUAACAGUUAGCCUUUUUUCUUCACUUCCCCUCUAUGAUCUAUAUCUUCCUGGUAUGAGGGUGUCCUGUCCAUCAUCACAAAUAGCAAGUCCUGUUCCCUGAGCAGGAGGACUGUGUUGAGAUAUACUCUGGACAAGAUGACCAUGUAGAGACAUGACAUGGUUUAAAAUGUGCCGCAGAAAAUGCUUUCACAAUAACCACUGUAACAAUCUCUGACACAACUACGCACACAACUAAGCACACACAUUUUCAAACUUGUAAACAUUUUUGUGUUAGCAUAGCCACAACUUCCCGUGUAAUUUUGUUGAUACUUCCCUAGAGUUAACAGCUACAGCAGUGACACAGACAGAGACACACAGAUGACUCAGAGACAGAGACAUCACUAGAAGCAGAGACUUAACGUAUAGAGGUCUUACAGUUGACGUACGACGCCUCCUGGUGGCCAUGUUGGAAGACCACCACAUUAAUUCUAGAAGCAGAGACUUCAUGUAUAGUAGACCUACACAGAAAGAAAGACCCAGGCAUUGUUAAAGAUGUCAAAGGUCAUCUAUACUGAACCAGAUAUGAACAAGAAGGUCAAGUUUGACAGGUGAGAUGGAGGAGAGGAUUGUGGAUAUCUACGUCAGUGCAGACACCCUGAGAGACGGUGAGACCAUCACCAAGAGAGAAGAGACAGCAGACACUGCUCCAAAUAAUGGACCAGGAGACCAGCACUCAGAUAACAGAGCCAUCAAAGAUUCUGAGGAUAAAAGGAACAACUUGUCACAGAGUUGUUCCCUUUAUAAGACUAACGCAACUGCAGAGAGAGACCAGCUACAGACCAGAUACAACAACCUGACUGAAGAGAGAGACCAGCUACAGACCAGAUACAACAACCUGACUGAAGAGAAAGGCCAUAUUCAGCUAAAGCUUUUUGUGAUAGAGCAGCAUUGUCAGGAGGGAUGGAGAUACUUUGACUCCAGUUUGUACUUCCUGUCUACUGAGACCAAAACCUGGGAGAAGAGCAGACAGGACUGUCAGGGGAGAGGAGCAGACCUGGUGAUCAUAAACAGCAGAGAGGAACAGACAUUUCUCUUCAACCUCCACCUGAGAGCCUGGAUUGGUCUGACUGACUCUGUUACUGAGGGGAUCUGGAAGUGGGUGGACGGCACCCCACUGACCACAGGGUACUGGGGGAAAGGACAGCCUGAUGAUUAUGGGCAAGAGGACUGUGUUGAGAUAUACUAUGGACAAGAUGACCCUGUAAAGACAUGGAAUGAUGAAAAUUGUCACAAAUAUCAUGACUGGAUAUGUGAGAAAGUGGUAUAACAAUAACCCACAGUAACAAACACUCUCUCUCUGUGUCUCUCUCUCUGUGUCUCUCUAUCUCAAUUCAAUUCAAGGGCUUUAUUGGCAUGGGAAACAUGCUAACAUUGCCAAUGCAAGUGAGGUAGAUAAUAUACAGAAGUGAAAUAAACAAUAAAAAUGAACAGUAAACAUUACACUCACAGAGGUUCCAAAAGAAUAAAGACAUGUCAAAUGGCAUAUUAUGUAUAUAUACAGUGUUGUAACAAUGUGCAAAU